AUGGGUGUCGAUCCUGAUGAAAGUCUUAUUGCUGAAGUUGAUGAAGAGGUUUUGCAUUCUCAUCGUGAACGUGUGGCCCCUACUCCAAGAGAAGAUGAUGAGGAUGCUAGCAUGGGUAAGAUAUCAAAAAAGAAUGGUGGAGAUCCAAACAAAGAAGUACAAUGGAGUAGUGUUAUGGAUGAUGCUUUAGUGGAUGCUUUUUUACAUCAGGUGAUCAUAGGUGGUAGAGUUAAUGGAACUUUUACCUCUAAGGCAUAUGAUGACAUAGUGAAAGAGUUGGUUGAAAAAUUUGACAUGGAGAUUAACAAGGAUAAGGUGAAAAAUCGACAGAGGACACUGAAGAAGAAUUUUCAUGAAUGCUAUAACAUAUUUAAAGAUGGAUUGAGUGGUUUUGGAUGGAAUGAUUCUUUAAAUAUGUGGACAGCUGAACCAGAAGUUUGGGAGCCACUCAUAGCGUCUAACCUACAGCCAAGAAAUAGAGCAAAAGGUGAUCAUGCUGAAACUGCAAAGGAGAAACAUGCUAGGUAUGCUGCAUCGACUACUAUUGAUGAGAUUGAUAAUUUGAUAUCUCAAAAUGAAGUUUCCUUGGAGAACUUUGAAGUGGAAGAUGAUCAGAGGUCACCAGAAAUUAAUGUUGCACGUUCUCGAGUGUCAUCACAAGAUGCAAUAUCUUCUAAAAGCAAGAAAAGACGAUUGGCAGAAGAUGAUGAACUCGGAAAUGUAAUUUCCCAGUCAUUUGAUAAUGUAUCAAAGGCAAUUGAUAGGGCGACUGAGGUUAUGGCAAAGUGCUUUUCAAAGUCAUAUGGAGCAGAAGUUCACGUAGCUUUGGGCGUAUUGGACUUAGAUCCAAUAUCAAACACUAAGGCCUACAUAUUUUUGAUGGAAAAUCCAACAUAUAAGGAGAUGUUCUUUGGUUGCCCAGAUCAUGAGCGCAAAUGUGUCUUAUUGACACUGAUGUCUAUGCCUAAAAAUUAA